AUGGCUGAUGCAAAAGCCUUCCCACAGCGAUCAAGAGGAGAGAGUCUGGAGGAGAGUGAAGGGCCGCGGAGCGGGCGCAAGGGCUGGCGCCCGGCCGUCCCGCGGCGCGGAGGUGCGUGCGCGUGGCUCUGCGCUUUGGCACGGCCGCUGGCGCGGCAGUCCCGGACAAGGCUGAUGCCAGGGUUAUUCUCCAAUGUUUUCCAGCGCCUGCCGCCAGGGAGCAGCCAGCCGUGGUGCUGGGAAAGCGCUCCGCUCAUCCGCAUGCCGUAUCCACAGGCUCUCAUCACACUGCAAAACCUCCUGCACAGGCACAGCUUCAAGAUGGUGGACCUGUUCAGGAAGGCUGAUGUGUACAGGGGGAAAAUCUCCAGGGAAAAGUUCAUUAAAGUCAUCAAGGAGACCAAAGUUCCUGUAAGUGACAAGGAUUUGGAGGAUGUCAUCAUCUUCCUGACGUCUUCAAAACAUGGCAAUUUUAUAAGAAGUGAGGAUCUGGUGGAAUGCCAAGAUCGGUGGCUGGAAAUGAUGCAAGGGCAGUGCAGAGAGACCACAGCAGGUGUACAAGCUCAGUCCCAGAAAGCCACUUUCAGAACCACCACUUACAGAGCUUCUACAGGGGGCAGAGCCAAACAAGAGAAACCUCUCGUCCGUCCCAAGCCUGAAACACGGUUAAGGCUGCUGGAAGUUCCCCCGAUGAACACUGAGCCGGAACGCAGAUACGUGACCUACGAUGAGAUGGAGGAGAUCGGAAAGCGGAGGGAGAAGAGCAAGGACACCCCGAUACAGUGGAGAGAAAAGUGCCGGCUGGUGCGAUCCGGGGACAGACGUGUUGAUGAGCACUGCCUGCCCUCCACUCUGGCGGGUGACAUGGCGGAGCUCACUGACCGCUACCGCGGCGACUCCUUCAUGACCUACCUGAAGAGCUCCGGCCUGUGCAAAGAACACAAAAUUCAUCUCAGCAAGCCCGUGCUGCAGAAAGCCCUGCUGCACCCAGGAGACAAGAUCAUAAAAGAGGGAGACGACAUGCUGAAAAUCAGGCAGCCUGGAGGGCCCUACUCGGCCGCCCGCGCGCCGUCACCGGCGAGCGCGUCCAGGUCGGGAGCACGCAGCAAGCAGGCCAGAGAGAUGCGGAACAG